GGUUUUGCUUUUGUUGUAGCAGUUUGGCAUGUCAGCCACAAAAUAUGGGAGAAGUUUUGUAAGUUGAUGUCUUUGCUUAUGAGGAUUUAAUAAUAAUAAUAAUAAUAAUAAUAAUAAUAAUAAUAAUAAUAAUAAUAAUGUAGUGCGCUUGCACAAACCAAGAAAUGUAAGGCAUAAUGUUAAAAGGUUAACUGGUUUCUUGAUUCUGGUUAGUAUUUUCAGCCCAUAUAGAGAUGAGUUGCCCCUGGAUAGAAAACAGGAAGCAGAAACCAUUAGAUUACCAAACUAGGAGUAAUCAUGGCUUAUUUACAUGCAAAAAGUAAUAUGUACACUGAACAUUACCAGAUCAUUUAAAGUACUUUCAUAAUAGUUCAUUUCAACAAACAAAUCCUUAUAAAACAGCUUUAGAAUAUAAUAUUUUUAUGAAAAGUCUUAUUUUUAGACAUUUUUUAUAUCUUUUAAUAUUUUAAGAAUUUCAAAAAUUUUUUUUUCUUUUUUCUCUCUUUUUUUUUUUUUUUUUUUUGAUGGACACUAAUUUUUUAAUGCAUAUAAACAAAUUAGAUAUAUAGUUUUAGAUGUGUAAAUAUAUAUUUAUAGGUUUUGUUUUCUCGGUCACAGGCACUUAACAAAAUCCAGUUAUAAUUAAAACUGGUUUCUAUGAACAUUGAUUAGGGUAAUCAUGGCUUAGUGAAGUGAAUGCGAUCUAGCUUUAGAAUGAAUAUUUUUGUCAUGGCAUAACAAAUUCCAGUUAUAAUUAAAUCUAUGAACAUUGAUUGGAAGCUUAUACAGUGUAGAGUUCUGAUCUGUGGUAACUCCUUUCAUUUGAUCAAAUUGUUGCAGUUUAUCUUCAUAUCUUCCCAUGGCAUCUAGACCAAAGCAAGUCCACCAAUGGGAGUUCACUUAGCAGCAGGAUUCAAAGCUCUUGUAUGAAAUCAAGGGAAGGGGACUGCUAGUUUAGCAUAGCAUCUAGAAAAGAGCAACACAAAUAGCAUCAAAUGCAAAUAUUAAUAUUGACAAAAGGUCAUUGCCUGCAGCAAUGGGGUGAAAUCGCUAAAUGCUUAGUGUGUGCUUUUUUAACCUCAAAAAUUUCGAAAAGCAUGACAUAACAAGGUACAAUAGAGAAGGAAGUAUUCUUAAGCUAUCACCCAAUGUCGUCUCUAUAUUCUGUUUAAACAUUUUGUUUUCUAUUUUAUUGUAGGUUUGUCUGGCCAUUGUGGCAAUAAUAAUAGUUUUUUUAUGGGCUGCUCAGUUACCAGAGGUCAUGAAUUUUGUUCCUGAGAACAGUAAGUAGAUACUUAAAUAACACAUUGAGUAUCAAAGCAAAUCUGCUUUGAUUCUUAAAUGUUGUAUUUUUAGUUAAAUUUAUGGUAGAAAAGGAAUAACUCCUCUCUUCAACCUCUACUCAGACAUCAUUUUUAUUUUUUAAAAGUGGUAAGUUUGAUUAAAAAAAAACUUUCACAUCUGUCCUCUUCAGCUUUCCAAGCUGCAACCAUUUUAGUUGCAGUGGUUAGUUGGAAAUGAUUUUGGCAACUAAAUUUUCAAGUUAUUUUGCCAAGUUGCUCUCUUUGUUCAUCCAAGUCAAACUGAGAUAACCUUUGGAUAAAUUUAUAGAUACAAAUGUUCAGUCAUUUCUUCUUUACUCUGAUUUGUCUGAGUAUUAAACUGUGAGUAAGGUCAGACUUUUUUGCUUCACCAGAAUUGUCUGCCAUCAAUUUCUUUGGCUGGGGCUUUCUUUUAGAUUUGCCGCAAAGCCACUUCUCUUUUUGACCGUUUCAUGAAAAAUCUCAAUCCUCAAUUUUUGGGAAAUUUGACAAAUUCACCCAUUUUGUGUGGCGCAAUACUACAAAGGAAAUAUGCAAAUAAACAUCCUGGAUGAAAGUCCAGGAAAAAUGUCAACACUCUGCUGGAGACUUUGGAAUUAUUACACGUUUCACUGUUCUGUAACAGCUACUUUAAAAACUCUUUCAGCCAUAUCUCGCAUUCAUUUCAAGAUUUUGUAUUUUUUCUUUUGGCAAACUAAACUUAUAAUAGUGUAGUUUGAUCAUCCAGGUGUGUGUAGUCCUGAGAAGGACUGUUGUCAGUAAUGGUGACCGACUUUUCAACAACCUGAGCAGAAGUCAUCAUCAGAGUCAAGUGAAAGGUUGUUGUAAGUCAAAUAUACUUAGUCCGGUUUGUAGAAACUGAUUGGUCAGUUUUGCCGUGAUGUUAUUGGCUGUAAGACUCAAGUGAUGUACGUCAGUCAUGAUCGGUCGGUUUGGAUCCGUUAGUGAAGUUAGGUCGUUCUGUUGGGUUCAUUUGUCAUGAAUUAAUGUCGUGAAUGAGUCGUUUGUAUGGUGCCGGUAGAGGUUGACACCUGUUGAAGGGAGUCUGUUCCAAGUUAGUAAAUCAGCUUUCCAGGAUCAUUGUUGAAAGUAGUUGGUGCUGAAGGUUAGGCAUUGCGCAGAGUCCCAGUCAAUAGUGUGGUUCGUAAGUCGGUGGUGUUCAGCAAUGUGAUUGUUAACAUUGCCUUUCCUUGUUGCUAGUUUGUGUUCAGUCAGUCUAGUUGUGAGGUUUCUGCCAGUCUUACCGAUGUAGGAGGUGUGGCAGUCAGAGCAAUUCAUCUUAUAUACUGCUCCUUGUCUGAUGAUGAUUUCUCUGACUAAAGAACCAAAAAACCAAAUUAUAAAAAAAUUUUGACAGAAUUUGUUGACAAUAAACUUAACUCGUGAGUAAUUCUGCUAUUUGUAUCAGCAGUAAUGUUAAUAGAUAAGCAGAAAUGAUGGUUGCAAGGAGAGACUGAAAACUAGAACUGUGUUUGGUGCUAAAACUUUAUGUGUCUGGGAUAGAGGGAAUUCUGAUGUCAGAUGUCAGUGGAAAUUACUUAAAAGUGACAAUGAGUGCUGAAAGGUGAUUGUUAACUGCAUACUAUUUUGGUUUCUGUAAUUGUUUGCCUUAUUUUAAAUACUCUGUUUGUCCUCUGUUUCAGAGAAUUUGCACUCUCCUACAAGGCCACAAGGUAUAGGCAACAAUAACAGUACUACUGGUACUGUCAUUAAGAGCACUUCAACAACUCGGAGGGAAAUAAAGACAUGCAUACCUCACAAGUAUGUUUGGUUGAAUGUUACUGUAACAUCUAUAAAAAUUACUAGCCUCUGUGGCAAAGCUCACAGGUUUCCUCAAGCUUUCUCACAGAAAACUGCUCGCUUCUUAGACAAAUCUCAGACGAGUGUAUUUUCAUGCCAAAAGGAGGCUAUUGACUGUGUAUAUAUAACCCUUUAACUCCCAGGAUCUGAUAGUUAAUUCUUCCAUCUAGCUGCUACACAUUUCCUUGUAAAUUAGUUGCAAGAAUUUAGUGUUAGAUCAAGAUAACAACUCCUACCUGAUACAUUUGAGUACUCUCAUUACCUGUUUGCUGGAUAGUGGGUAGAUAUUGUAGGGAGAAGUUACAUGUGAAUCACUACUGGGAGUUAAAGGGUUAAAUAUCACACCUAGUUAACCCUUCACACCCUAACAUCAAUAUGCAUAUUCUCCACACUGUUCUCUAUGCAUUUCUUAGGGUGCUGACAUGGAGAAUUUGUUUAAUAAUCAUAAGCUUAUUUUAGUUGAUGAUAGAUUCCUUUAUUCUCAUGACCUUUAUGUUUGAUUUGAGGAUGAUCAUGUAAGGAGGAUGCUUUUCACUCUUAAUGAUCAAAGGGUUAACCCUUUCACUCCCAAGAUCUCAUUAGUAAUUCUCCUUACUGUCUGCGAUACAAUUCCCUAUGUUAGUUCUGAGAAUUUGGUAUUUAAUCAACUAAUAAUCCACUAACUGAUAUUUUUCUCUAUUCUCAUCACUUGUCUGUUUGAUGUGGUAUUCAUUUAGUGAGGAGAAAUUCUGUCUUGGUCACUCAUGGGAGUUAAAGAGUUUAUGACACUGACUUUAAAUUCUCUCAUAGGCCUGACAAAGCUGGUCAAGAACUGAUUGUGAAAUAUUAUGGCCAGCCAGGACGUGUGGAGGAUCGAAAAUGUUCUGGUACACGUCACCCAGAUAUUUGCUCCUACCGACGAACAGAUUCUGGGGAAAUUAAUGUAUCCUGUGAUGCAAAGGUUUGUGGAUCCUCAGACAUCCAAAUGGCAUCUGUUGAUCCACAAAUGGGAAAAUCUGCAACUAACUGGAAUACUUUAUCAAAGGACAGACUCACUGCUUCAGUGCAAGAGGCAGUGAAAACCAACCAAGAGAGAGGAUUUGACUUUCUUUUCUUGAGGUGUGGAAGUAAUCUCCAAGUCUUUUCCUUUCCUCCAAUUUUUAAGAAAGUUGAAGAUGGCAAAACUAGAAAUAACAUCAAUGUAAAUGUGAUUAUGUUGGACUCUAUUUCACGACCCCAUUUUUAUCGUACCAUGCCAAGAGUUGUUGGGGCUUUUAAAAAGAUAAAUGAGGAUGCCAACAUAAAGGCCAGGGCUCUGGACUUUGAACUUGAUCAGAGUAUUGGUCAACAGACUUUUGAGAAUAUAAGGCCAUUUUUUUCUGGAGUUCUUAAAGGUGAGUACAAGAGUUUCUUUACUAGGGAAAUUAACUGCAGGAUUAUUCAGCUCUAAGUAAGAAGAGAGUGUUCCCCAUGUCUUAGUCAAAAAUAGCCCAAUUCAUCAAAAGUUAGCUGGGGAAUUCUUCUUUCUUCUUUCACUGACUAAUAAACAUACUGUGACUAAACUUGUGCAGUGCUUCAAGAUGCCACUAUUUCCAUUGCCAUAGUGCAGAGAGAAAACUUUGGCAACUAAAUGUUAAUGGAAGUCGGCAAAUAGGCAAGCUGUGUUUGGCAGUCAAGUAGAUAAAAUUUUAUCAAGUAGUUCUCAGUCACCACCUUCACUCCUUAAGUCUUGUUAGCCCCUUUAACUCCCAUGAUCUGUGUGUCAAUUCUCCCCUCUGGCUGUUAUACACUUCCUUGUAAAUUAAUUACAAGAGUUAGAUGUUAAAUCAAGAUAAAAACUUCUAGCUGAUAAGUCUUAGUAUUUUCAUCACCUGUUUGCUGGAUAAUAUACAUGUAUGGAUAUUAUAAGUAGAAGUUACAUGUUGGUUGCCAGUGGGAGGUAAAGCGUUAGGUGUUUAGUCCUGAGAUGUUGCGCAAACCUUCAAUAACAAUCGCCAGCCGUUGUCAACUAAAGUUUCCUUUUCUGGUGAACUUUUUCUGAUUUUUCUGUCACCAAAUAGCAACUUUGAAAAAUCUUGAGCCAGAAGCACUGUCAUGAUUUGACCCAGGGUGUAGGAAGUAAGUUAUGUACAAGAGAUAUCCUAUUUAUAUGAAGGAUAUUAAUCAUAUGUUCACUCUCAAUGAGUGAGAUAAUUUUUUCAAUGAAUUUCAAGAGGUCUAGUUUCCUAACCUUAUAUUUCAGAGUAGGUCUCAGUUGGAUGGUUCCUUGUUAAACAACCUGAAGAUUUGUGGGUAUGAUUAUAAUUGAAGUAUUUUGUUUUGCAGAUGACAAUGAGAUAAGUGCUUCAGGUGAGAACACAAAGGCCCCUAUAGGAAUGGGGGUGUUGUAUGGGGCCUUCCAGAAAGCUGGCUACCAGACCCUCUUUCAAGAGGACCUUUGUUGGUAUGACAUUUGGGGAAGUUUACUAACAAACAAUCAAAAACGUGCUGUACCCAGUGGAGAUGCUGAAUUCAAAUCCAGGUUAGUGUAUUUGACAUGUUUGACUCUCAAAAGUGUGGUAGAAAAUGAAUACAUGUACUUAGUAUUAAUACAGGGUGUUCAGUGCAAGGAAGACAAGGUGAAGAACACUACACUAAAAAAUUACAUGUUUGUUGGGGUGGGGGAAAUGUUAAAAAGGGCAUCUCUAAAAGUGUAUUUCAGCCUUCUGAAAUAAUAAUGUGAAAUUUAUCCAAGGUGUGUGUUCUGUGCCAAAAUGUGUUUCUUGCUCUCUGUAAUAUUUCUGGUAAGUUCUCAGUCAAAGUAGGAGGGAAAAUCAUGUGAGGUUGGCCCACCAGCCCUUUCCUUAUGUUAAUACCUGCUUGCACAUGCCUAAAUAUCCAGUAUGUGGGUACCUGUUAGUAAGCAAUCAAACAGUUAUUAAUUCUGGCCCACCAGGCAGUGCAAAAUUGUCCUUGUUUAUUUCAGACUUUAAUAUGGUUUUCUUUACAGGUGGAAGGAAAUUCUAGGAAAAGAGGAACAAAAAACAAUCGAUCAUUUUGGCUUAACACACUUCUCCUGCACAGUGUUACAUUAUGUUUUAAAGAGAACUAAUCACUAUGACUACCCUUCUCAAGUUUGCUUUAAUGGACAGUUUUACAGUUGGUAUUUUAUGGACUACAUCACUAAGGUGUAUACUGCUUUGAAGCAAGAUGAGAAAGCAAAACCACUAGUGUCCUACAUGCAUUUUAACACUGCACAUGAAACAACUGGUAAAAGGAUGAUCAACUUAGAUGCUAACCUGGCAAAGUUCUUCAUAGACAUGGCUUCGUUUUCUAACACUCUGACUGUGAUAUUUUCCGAUCAUGGCCAUAAAAUGACACCAUUUAGUUACACUCCUGAAGGCAGGAGAGAAUUAUUUGAUCCAGUGUUCUUCAUGAUUGUCCCUGAUGGUGUUGCAGAUAAACUAGGUCCAGAAAGGAUGGGAGCCCUGGUAACAAACCAAAAACGCAUGUUCAUGUUGUAUGAUGUUCACAAUGCAUUUAUGAGUUUGCACAAUCCUCAGACGAGGAACUCCAGGGAUUACCUAGUAACAGGAAUAUUCUCAGAAAUACCAGCUAACCGCACUUGUGCAGACUUAUUCAUGCUUCCCUUGACAAGAUGCAAAUGCGAGGGUUUUGAUGAAGAAGGUCACAUCAAAGAUAAUGCAGAAGACCAUAAAUGGCUUGCAGAAGCUGCAGUUGGUUACAUGAAUGAUGCCAUACAAAGGCAAUAUGAGAAAGGUGAGGGGUAACCUGGAAGCUGGCUCUCUUUAGAGCUGAGAUGGGUGAGAUGAAGCCUGUACGAGUUACAGGCGAUAAGUCUGUGAGGAUCUAUCUUAAAGAUCUUUUGUCAGCUUACUUGGCUUGGUGGUUCAAGUCUCACAACUUUCACUGCCUGUGCCUCCACUCCAAUGACAGCCUUGAAAAAAAAUCUACCUUCUAUUUCGGGAAAUGGCAUGUCAUUGCUUCAAUUACUGUAAUUAAUUGUUUAAUAAGUGGAUUGAUUUGAAUAUACUCCAUGUGAUUGGCUGAUGUAACCAUCUCGUUUCUAUUAUACAGAAUUAGUGAAAAAAAAGGCAGCUCAUCAAUUAAUCAUACUCAAGGAAAUUGUAAUGGUUAUAUUAAUUAAUAAUUAAUGGUAAUAGGACUGAGGGGAGUACAGUUUGGUCUGUAAUCAUACGAGUAACAAACAAAUUCAGAUGAACACAAAACAGGAGUCCACUUCAGUAAUAAUGGGAACACUGCAUGAUUACAGACAGAAUUGGAGGACAUGAAGUCCUGUAACCAUUUGAUCAAAACUAUGACAAAAUUUGAGAAAGAAACUAAACAUUGGUUAACCCUCUAACUCCCAUGAGUGACCAAGACAGAAUUUCUCCUUACAAUAUCAAUACAAUAUCAAUCAGACAAGAGAUAUGAAUAAAGAAAAAUGUCAAUUUGGGGAUAAUUAGUUGAUCCAGUACUAAGUUCUCUGAACUAAUAUUAUGAGAAUUGUAUGAUUGACAGUAAGGAGAAUUACAAAUUUGAUCUGGGAGUUAAAGAGUUAAACAAAAUGCAUGACAACAGUGCUUACUCAAAGGUAUGACAUUUCAACUGUCCUAUUACACUGUCCAAUUACAAGCAUGACACUUAACCUGUCCCAUAAGUGCUCAAAUUGAGCUUGUGAUAACCAAUCAUGUUCCAGAAUUUUGUUUCAUUUUUGAUAAAGUAAGAAAUGGGACAUGGCUCAAAACUUUAACUCCUAAGAUUUCAUUAGCAACUCUCUUUUCUGUUUGUCAUACAAUUCUUAUGAUUUAAGUUCAGAGAAUUUGGUUUUGGAUCAACUAAUACACCCUUAUUGAUAUUUUUCUUGAUUCUCAAAACUUGUCAGCUUGAUAUUGUCUUGGUACUGUAGAGAGAAAUUCUAUCUGGGUCACUCAUGGGAUCUAAAAAGAGAUAUAAGGUUGUGUGCUGCAUGUGAAUACACCACAGGCUUUGCUUUCAUUUGUGAUGACCUCACUUUUUGAAUAUUUUAUCUGUUACCUUUUUAUUAGAGGAUAAAGACUCAAAGAAAAACCAAGGUUAUGGAAACUGUGAGCGCCUUGUUGGAAAAUCGUUCACUGAUGUUGUAAAACGUUUCCAAGGAGAAUUCAUCCUAACAACAAUGGAUGUACAUGUGGUUCCUCCAAAUGGAUACCAAGAGGAUGAAAUCUACAAAGUCUCUGUCAAACAGUACUCUAAACCAAGACAAGGAGUAUUUUUUCUUAGUUUUGUUAGAGUGACAAAGUACAACAAAUUUGUAACUUGCCAAGACAAGUCAGUAGAUAUCAAGCUCUGUGCAUGUGCAAAAAAUCAAACCUCCAACAAUACUAAAAAUGGAGUAUUGUUGGAGAAUGGUGUUCCACGGGAAAUGUUUGGAGCAGAAACAAAAGUGAAGAACCUAGAUUCCAACUGUUUGCUGUUCUUGAGAAGGGAUUUUGGGACAUUUUCCUUCACACUGGAAGUGACAAAUGUAUGCACAGAUAGAACAUACAAAUUUUCAAUGACAGGUUCUAUGGAUCAAAGGAUUUUUUCUACUGCUUUACCAAUCAACCGUGUAUUACCACCAAAGACCUUCUUUUUCUUAACAUCUGUCUUCAAAUAUUUAUCAAAAGUUAAUCAAGCUUUGAACUUGAGAGCAAGUAUACAAGUGAAGAAGGAUGGCUCCAGUGAAUUUUCAAGUCUAAGAACUGUUAGUGUCUCAUGAUUAGAUAAAGAUUUUUUAAUAUAUUCCUUUCAUACAUUUUUAUGUUUCAGAUAUGAGUGACAUAUUUGACCAACCUCUUGCACUCAUUCCCUAAGUCAGCAUCGUGCUAAAGGGCUUAUCCCAGUUUCUGUAGCAUGAAGCAAUUACCUCCCCUCCCCCCCCCAGGAUGGGUUGCCUGUGCCUCACAGAGCAGCCCCCCCUCCUCAGCACUUCAACAGGUGUUUCUGCAAGUUUCUCCAAGCCCAUUUAAUAGGAAUGGUUAGAAAGAGGGUCUGAGUUUGAGGUGCCCUGUCCAAGAACACUGCACUAUGACCCACCAAGGUAUCGAACUAGGACCUCUUAAACAGAAUUGGUUGAUGCCAAAACAAUUGGCAAAAAGAGUCGUGUGCCUCAAGGAAAAAUUGAUCCACACAAUGAUCUGGUUUUUAAAAAUAGUAUGAUAUAUUUUAUUUAUUCUAGGGGCUCAAAUUCUAUUUAAAUAUAAUCAAUAAAUAUGUCCACAUUUAAAUAGCAAUUAAUGAAUGCAAUAAGAUAUAAAACUCUAGAAAGAGAAACUUUCAAACUAUUGAUUAAAGUAGAUAAAAUUCUGAUCUGAACAUCUUGAGUCACUGUGAUAUUUAAGGAAUAUUUUUAGAAAUGUAAGUCCAUGCAUCAUUUAU